AAGUGCAGUAAUCCCUGCCGAUCAGAUGAGGCUGUAAUAAGACUCGGACGGUUCCAGGCUAAACCUCAUUCAUUCCUGCCGGUCAGGUGGCGUUGUAAUCUGACUCAGACUCUCUCCGCCUAGAUUGCUCACACCCUCCUGCGGUCCGCACACGCCCAGGCGGAAGAGCCGGCAGACGGAAGGAAGGAAGGGCUUUCCGGGGGAGAAAACCUGCUUGCUAGCGAAACUGCAAGAUUAAAACAAAGGAUAUAUCUAGCUAGCUAAAAUAAAAAAAAAAGUUGGGCUUUAAAAAUUACAGUCCGCUGGUAUUACCGUCGCCAUGAUUCUGUUGGAGAUAAACAACCGGAUCAUCGAGGAGACGCUGACGCUUAAAUUUGACAGUGCAUCCAACGGGAACAAGCCCGAAGCAGUAGAAGUCACAUUUGCAGAUUUCGAUGGCGUUCUCUAUCACAUUUCCAACCCGAAUGGUGAUAAGACCAAGGUGAUGGUCAGCAUCUCGCUUAAGUUCUACAAGGAGUUACAGGAGCAUGGGGCGGAUGAGCUGUUGAAGAGGGUGUAUGGAAGCUACCUGGUGUCGCCAGAGGAUGGGUACAAUGUGUCUCUGCUCUUUGACCUGGACGCUGUGCCGGCCAAUAAGGAUGAGGUCAUCCACCAGGCCGGCAUGCUGAAGAGGAAUUGUUUCGCCUCAGUCUUUGAGAAGUACUUCAAGUUCCAGGAGGAGGGGCGUGAGGGGGAGAAGAGGGCGGUCAUCCACUACAGAGACGACGAGACCAUGUAUCUGGAGGCAAAGAAGGACCGGGUGACGGUGGUCUUCAGCACAGUGUUCAAAGACGAUGAUGACGUCAUCAUCGGGAAGGUGUUCAUGCAGGAGUUUAAGGAGGGCCGUCGCGCCAGCCACACGGCCCCCCAGGUGCUGUUCAGUCACAGGGAGCCCCCCCUGGAGCUGAAGGACACAGACGCUGCCGUGGGAGACAACAUUGGCUACAUCACUUUCGUGCUGUUCCCUCGUCACACCAAUGCGAACGCCAGAGACAACACCAUCAAUCUCAUCCACACCUUCCGCGACUACCUGCACUACCACAUAAAGUGCUCCAAGGCCUACAUUCACACACGCAUGAGAGCCAAGACCUCAGACUUCCUCAAGGUUCUGAACAGGGCCCGACCCGACGCCGAGAAGAAGGAGAUGAAGACCAUCUCGGGCAAGACGUUUUCCCGCUAAGAGGCUGGCCGUCCACACGGGGACGCACAGAGACACACAGCACUUCCCCCUACGCAAACGAUUCGGGUGCCCUCAUUGGCCAGCGCAUCACAUUCCUCACGGGAAGCUGUCAUUUCAGGGGGGAGCUCAAGAGGGACAAACAAAAGUGUUGAUUAUUUUGCGUAGUUAGACGUCACCAUGAGUAACAUAUCUAUAUAUAAAUGAAAUUUUUUGAUACAGCCUGAUCUUUUAUUCCAUUUGGACAUUUGGUACUUUUGCCUCGCAGCCUCUUUGCUGAUACCCAGAAGUGUUUGAUAGAUGAAUGCAGUGUACUGGUUCCCUUUCAUAUCUGUCGCCCUGGGUUGUCUGUACCAU